UGAAAAUUCUGAUUUAUUUUAGUAAUCAUAUAAAUUCUAUUUUAUAAUUGAAACGUAAUUAUCUGUGAUUCUUCCAUUCUUUCAUCCUUUCCUUCCUUCUUUUAUUCAAAAGAAUAAUAAAUUGGAAUUGCAUUCAGAACAUUCUUGACAGAUCGUUCGUCAGUGUUCACUAGUGUGACGUACAGUUCUCUGUUGCUAGGAUCCUCCCGAAAAAUUCUUUUGUAGAUAGGUUGUGCUGGUGAUUUCUCUUGAUUUCGGAUUCUGUAUAAUUUUUUUCUCCAUUUCCUAAUUAUUUAUACGCGUGGUUUGUGGUGGUGAAUUGUGGUUCGUGAUUAAUCUCGAGAGGUUGGAAGAAGCGUAAUCAGUUCCCUACCAUAUUUUCAUUGGAACCCGAAUUGUUCACGGACCAUGUCACAUCAAACGGGAAUUAAAGCGAACGAUGCACUUAAAAAGUUAUUUGCAAAAUGUCGAGAUGGAAAAAUACGGAUCUUGAAAGUUUCUAUAGAAAAUGAGGAACUAACACCUGCUGCUUCCUCAAAACCAGUGAACAAGUGGCAAGAUGAUUAUGAUAAAAUGAUCAAACCUUUAAUCAUUGAGAAUCAACCUGCUUAUAUUCUUUAUCGUCUUGAUACCAAAUCUCCUGAUUCUGGUUAUGAUUGGUUAUUUAUUUCCUGGUCACCUGAUACUGCACCUGUUAGGCAAAAGAUGUUAUAUGCAUCAACUAAAGCAACUCUGAAACAAGAAUUUGGAACUGCAUCUAUAAAAGAAGAAUUGCAUGGUACUGUACCAGAGGAUAUAUCAUUAGAGGGUUAUCAUAAAUAUAAAAGAAAUAAUGCUGCACCAGCACCAUUAACCACUGCAGAAGAAGAAUUAGCAGAACUUAGAAAAAAUACAGUUACUACUGAUUAUAGUGUAGAAACACGGCAUCAGACAUUGAGUGGUGUUGCUUUCCCUGUGACAGAUGAGGCAAAACAAGCAAUUACAGAGCUUGGUAAAGGUAUACAUGAAUAUGUUCAAUUAAAGAUUGAUUUAGAAGAGGAAAAAAUACAUUUAGUUAUGGCUUGUGAUGUUUCAUUGGAUAAACUACCUACAAAAGUACCAUGUGAUUCUGCUAGAUAUCAUCUCUAUAAUUUUAAGCACACACAUGAAGGAGAUUAUAUGGAGUGUAUAGUUUUUAUAUAUAGCAUGCCAGGAUAUAGUUGCAGUAUUAAGGAAAGAAUGCUAUAUUCAUCAUGUAAAGCACCCCUUCUAGAGCUUAUUCAAUCACUUGGAGUGAUUAUAGCAAAAAAAGAACAUUUGAAAUCGUUGGAAGUAAAUAGUGGUGAGGAGUUGGCAGAUAUGUUGGAAGAUCCUCCAACUAUAAAAGAAACAGCUACAAUAACUCCUGCAACUCCAUCAACGCCUUAUGCUCCUCCUCAAUCUAUACCUGAGAAAAAGUCAAAACAGAAGAGAUCUUGUAUCUUGAGUUAACCGAUUCUACGUAUUUUG